GCAGAGGAAAGUUUUCAGAACACCCGGCAUUUGGUAGAGGAAAGGUCUCUUGAGCUUUGCAAAAGGAGGAAUUAUUUGCAUACCAACGCUUCGGCUGUGGUAAAACACUUUCCAUGCUGAAGAUGGACCAUGCAAAUGUGACCCAAGCCAUGCUUGAUGCUGAGUCCCGCAGCACAGAGAAGAAUAACAGCAAUGAGUAUUUUUACAUUCUGAUUGUCAUGUCUUUCUAUGGGAUCUUCCUGAUAGGGAUAAUGCUUGGCUACAUGAAAUCCAAAAGAAAAGAGAAGUCAUCCAAUUUGCUUCUGCUCUACAAAGAUGAGGAGAGAGAAUGGGGGGAAGCUGUAAAGCCUCUACCAACCGUGGCGGGGCUGAAAUCUGUGCAGAUCCCCAUGAUGCUGAACAUGCUGCAGGAGAGCAUGGUGCCAUCCCUGUCCUGUGCCAUCUGCUCCAUGGAAGGCAGCAGCGUGAGCUCCGAAUCCUCCUCCCCAGAUGUGCACUUCACCAUCCAGGAGGAAGUGCUGGAUACUGAACUAGGGGAAGUGUCAGAAACACUCCUCAACGAGAGCAGCGAGGGGUCUGUGGAAAACAUCCAUAAGAAUUCCUAGCACUUGCAGGGUUCCCUUGAUCAGCUGCCAAAGCGUGAGUGGAGCUCCCACUAAGAACUUGUGGCUCUACUUUUCUGCUCUCCAAUGAACUCUGAACAGGUAUCUGUGCCCCUGGGCCAGAGGCGCUCCCGAGAGCUGGCAGGACAAGGAAGCAGUGGUACCCAACCCCAAAGUGUAACUUGCACAUAAUUGGGUUGCUUAAUUUUAAUUUUUCCAUUAUUAUUUCUUACUAUGAGAGCUAAGAACAAGGAGAAUGUACAUGUUUUUUCUAACGAGGUAAUUAUUACUGGCAUGUCUCUGCAUAUUUCAGAUUUCUGUAAAUAUCUGGGAAAUGUUUAGGGAAGUUACCCUAAUGCAAGUGCCUGGUUCUUAAAGGCUAUGGAUAAUGCUCAUUCACACAAAACUAGAAGACUAUUGAUAGACUAGAAGUACUUUUACUGUGUUUUUCUUAUGACAAACGACAGCCAACAGCAGAUUUGCUCAAUGAGGCCUCAAAAGCUGAAGACUUGUUGAUGUUGUACUUGAAGGGAGAUUGCAUCAUGUCUGGAGACUGACUCUAGGCACAGAAAGAGUGAAAGACAAAGGAGAAAAAAAAAGGCACCAAAUUUUUAGGCAGUUUGUAAAGCCCAGUUUCAGAUCCAUGCCAUUUAUAUCUGCCUUUGCUUAAGUUAUACCUGUACUGGCUGGGUCAGGUUCACCACCUUCUGCUGCAAUUCAGCCUGUGACUGAGUUACUGGUAGGAAAAGUGGUUUUGUUUUUUGCUUUUGUAUUUUUUUUUAAGAUAUGUACAUUUGGUCACUAAAGGCAAAGAUCUGUAAGUUAAAGAAGAUGCUAAAAGGUCUUUGUUACAGGCUGUAAGAUGUAGAAAGGCUUGAACAAAUGCUGCUCUGUUAUGCCCCCUUGAAAAAUAGGUGGAAUUCCAAAUAGAAUUUAACCUAGUAAGGGUGUAUUCCUGGCCCCACUGAAGUCAUCAGCUGAGAUGACAGGCACAAUAUUUUGUGCUUCUCUGUUGGAGGUAAAUUCUCCAUUUGAGGUCAGUAGAACUGUACUCAUUUACAUCAUUAAAGAAUCUAGACUUUCUGCUCUGUUUAAGCCAGUGUAGGUAAACAUUGCAUUACAUCUUUUUUUUAAUCAGCUUGCAUGUGACACAUGCAUUUCUAUAAAGCUAUUAGCAACCAGGUUUUAAAACCACCACAAACUUCCCCCCCCCCGUUUAAUGGUACUGUGACAUUUUUCAACUGCUCAUGAAAUUUGUUACUAAAUUAUUGCACUUUUAAAAGAAGUAAAAAAUAAUAAAAAUAAAAAAUAAUAUUUCAAUCAUACCUUAUAUUUUAUAAUAACUUAUUACAGUGUUUUGAUUAGCUUUAAAGCAUGAGGGCUGAAGAGCCUGAAUCUAAAGCAUUGCACAGCAAAAUAUUUGCAAAACGUCUCCACGUAUUUCCUGCACUAAAACAGCUCUGUGAUUUAUCCGCUGGCAUUAGAGCUGGAGAGACAGCUUGGAAAAUGGCAGAAAUGAACUGAAGCCGGAAUCUGCUGUGCUCCUGCUGUUGGGAAGGGCCAAGCCUGUGUUGGGCUCAGAGGGUUAAUGUGAUGUAGGAUGCCGAGGGAUCAGGGAUCGCUGUCUCUCACUAACCACAGCAGAACAAAGGCUCUAUUGUGCUCAGAAAGGACCUGAUUCGGGGCAGACUGAAGGCAGUGGGAGUUUUUCCAUCUACUUCAGUGAACUUUGGAUCAGACCAUAUAAAGCUUUUUGGUAGAUUUACUCUAAAAGGGGCUGUUUUAAGUUUGAAAGAAGCCAAAUUAAGUUUGGCACUUUGCCUGGAAUCACUUGAAUCCUGAAACUUUCCAAAUGAGACUGACAUGCGCGAGUUGUCACAUUUUCCAUUGCUUUCUCCUUCGUCCUUUACUUUUGGUAUAAAUGUAUUUGUAUCUGUAAAAAACUGAUGUAUAUAAUUCCUAACAUUGAGUUGUAUAUAAUUGUCUCAUGUAUUUAAAGUUUAUUAUUAUGUUUCUACUGGCACUAAUUUUAUUUAAAUAAAGAAACAC